GUUGUAAUGAAUUGCAUUUGCAGGGGUUCGUGUCGUUUUAACUGUGUGGUUUUUACAGCCGAGUUUAAACAGAUUGCUGCUUGAGAUAACUUUUAAUAUGGGGCGGUGUUAACGUCGAGAGAGAGAGAGAGAGAGAGGGAGAGAGAGAGGGAGGGAAAGAAAGAGAGAGAGGGAGGGAAAGAAAGAGAGACGUAAUUUUUUACAGUGAGAAAAACGAGGGGAAGCGAGCACGAGAAACACAAAUAUAAUUUUAUAAUAAUAACGUCUAAGUUCGUUUGUUAUUAUUAUUUUUUUUCAAAUGUGUUAAUUUAUUAAUUAAUUUAUUUUAAUUUCACUGCGCCUUCACCAGACCGAUAUUACAACUCCAGGAAGUAAGGGGAUAUAGAUAUAUUUUGUUAGGACUAAUUUAGACGUUAAUUACAUUUUUUUUUUUUAAAAGGAGGAGUCGUUCAACGGUAACUAAGAUUUUCUCCGCUCCCUGGUUUGUAGAUUUGAGGUUCGAAGGGAUUUGAGAUGGAGGCUGUUGGCAAAUUUGAUUUCAGCGCCACAGCGGAAGAUGAAUUGAGUUUCAGAAAAGGAGACAUCUUAAAGAUUUUGGGGAAUCAAGACGAUUGGUUUAAGGCUGAGCUGCACGGACACGAAGGGUUUGUCCCCCGAAAUUACAUCGAGAGACGCACCCCUGGCUGGUUUCACGAGAGCAUCACCAGACAGGCGGCUGAGGAGAUCCUGAAGGCCAGAGACGUGGGAGCCUUCGUGAUUCGAGGCAGUCAGAGUUCACCUGGAGACUUCUCCAUUUCAGUCAGACAUGAAGUGGAUGUGCAGCACUUCAAGGUCAUGAAGGACGGCAAAGGCAGCUACUUCCUGUGGGCCGAGAAAUUCCCUUCUUUAAACCAGCUGGUGGAGUUCUACAAGACGACGUCCAUCUCCAAGCAGAAGCAGAUAUACUUACAGGACGGGACCAGGGAGGAGGGGAAGCGAGGGAGUUUGGAGGAGAGGUUUGGAGGUGCUCUGAAUCCACCCACACAGAGACGGCAGUCCGAGAUCCCCAUCACACAGCAGAUGAAGAGAGGCAGCCUGGAGGAGAGAGCCCAGAGUAUGGGGGGCUUUGGGAAUUCCAGUGGCUUGCCCCCCCCACCCAGACGACAGUCUGACCCCCCCCAGAGCUCUGGAGGGGUGCGUGUCAGGGGUCUCUACGACUUCAUAGCGGAGGAGAGCGACGAGCUGGGGUUCCGCGCUGGCGAUGUCAUCGAGGUGCUGGACCAAUCGGACUCCGCCUGGUGGCGAGGUCGCCUGAGAGGCCAGACGGGGCUCUUCCCCUCCAAUUACAUCACUCCAUUGUGACAUCACCAGGGCCGGCCAGCCAAUGACAGGGAACUGAGAAUUACGCAUCAUUGUGUUUGAAAGCAGUAGAAGCGAUUUUCAUUAGUUUUCAAUGGACUUCCAUUCUUUAGAAGUGCGAAAAGAAACUUCAUGGAUUCAACGGCAAACGUUUCCACUAGAAGUCUCUCUCAGGGUCUUCAGUGUAAAUUCAAUGGCAAACGUUUCCACUAGAAGUCUCUCUCAGCGUCUUCAGUGUAAAUUCAAUGGCAAACGUUUCCACUAGAAGUCUCUCUCAGCGUCUUCAGUGUAAAUUCAAUGGCAAACGUUUCCACUAGAAGUCUUUCUCAGCGUCUUCAGUGUAAAUUCAAUGGCAAACGUUUCCUAGAAGUCUUUCUCAGCGUCUUCAGUGUAAAUUCAAUGGCAAACGUUUCCACUAGAAGUCUUUCUCAGCGUCUUCAGUGUAAAUUCAAUGGCAAACGUUUCCACUAGAAGUCUUUCUCAGCGUCUUCAGUGUAAAUUCAAUGGCAAACGUUUCCACUAGAAGUCUCUCUCAGCGUCUUCAGUGUAAAUUCAAUGGCAAACGUUUCCACUAGAAGUCUCUCUCAGCGUCUUCAGUGUAAAUUCAAUGGCAAACGUUUCUGCUAGAAGUCUCUCUCAGCGUCUUCAGUGUAAAUUCAACAGCAAACGUUUCCACUAGAAGUCUCUGUCUUCAGUGUAGAUUCAAUGGUUUCUUCUGGUUUGUGGUUUGAAUUGAUGAAGUUUCUUUUUGGAAUUUUUUGCAGCUCAUAAUAACGCUGACAGUGCUCUGGGGUUAAAGGUAGGGCCGCACUUCCCAGCUCACCUGGAUGCUGAAAUUGACCCCGCCCCCUUCAGCUACCAUUAACCAAUCAGCUGCUGCUUCCCCAAUUGACUGACACGCUUUCAGCCAGUAACGUGACCCCUCCCCCUCCCGAGAUAACACCACUGACCUCGGAAGUGCAAGUGACACAGACUUCCUGGAAGUGAAGGCACGCAAACUCGGAACUUCCUUUAACCCCCCCCCCCCCCCGACCCCCGGUGUCAAUUUUAAAACGACAGGAUUUUUGCUGUAACUGUGUGCUUCUUUAGAAACUCCACGCGUUUCAGAACUCUGCAGGACAAGGUGAAAUUUUAAUGGGAUCGAUUUUGUUCGCUGCCGUAACUUUUUCAACCCGUCGCGGUCCAUUUAUUCAGCGCCUGUCCGGGCGCGUCGGGUCCAGUUUAUUUUCACACACGCUGUUAAUUUUACACAAAAGUAAUUUUAUUCCCAGUAAAACAGGUUUAACCCUUUGCGGUCCAUUUAUUAAUCGCGCGUCAGCCACGCCAGGUCUAAUUUAUUUUCACACGCGCAGUUAAUUUUAGACGCGCUGUUUAAAAGUAUUUUUUUUCACAGUCAAACGGGUUUAAAAGGCCCUGCAUAUCAACAAAGCACUCACUAGGCAUCUCCAGCCCCGCCCCACCCUUUCGUUUGCUAUAGCGUUCAGCUGUGUAAGAAAUAAAUAAUAAUAAUAAUAAUAAUAAUAAUAAUAAUAAUAAUAAUAAUAAUAGUCGUACAUACCGAUCAGUCAUCUCCUGAUCACUCGUUUUAUCACCAAACUCCUCAAUAAUGCGAUCCAAGUCAUUAUUUUAUUACUAUAACAUCUGAAAAAAGCUCUGCAAAUGUCCGUGAUAGUCUCAGUGCGCUGACGCACUCAGCCAGCUUGUUUAUUAUGGACGCCCAUUAUCUGAUACCUGAUGCCAUGUAUGACUAUUCAUGAAAUACGCCUUUUUUUUUUUUUUUUUUUUUUUUUUUCCGGCUUGUCUCGGCUCCUGUCGCUCCCACUCGGCAAUUGAAUGGUUUUCUCGGCUUUAUCCGGAGAAAAAACGACUAAACACCCGUUUAUUGCGUUGCUAUAAUGAUGUCGGACCCAGUCCGACAAAGGACCUGUGAGGAAUAAUUGCAAUGUCGGACCCAGUCCGACAAAGGACCUGUGAGGAAUAAUUGCAAUGUCGGACCCAGUCCGACAAUGGACCACAAAGGGUUAAACGUCUCUACAUGUCAACAGGACUCUCAGUACUGCCUCUCCAGCCCAGCUCCUCGCUCGCUGUAUUUAUCACAUCCCUCUUCAUAGUCGUGCAUACCGAUAAAUCAUCUCCUGAUCGCUCGAUUGAUCACCAAACUCCUCGAUAACGAGACCCGAGUCGUUAUUUUAUGACUAGAACAUCUCAAAACGCUCUGAAAAUGUCUGUGAUAUUCUUUGAGCGCUGGAUGCAGAAGCAGCUAUCUUGUUUGUUUGUGUCCAUGUUGUCUCUGUGGUGCCGGGGCGAUGUGUGUUGCUCAGAUCCGCCCCCUUUUUUUUCGGCUUCUCUCGGCUCCUGUCGGUCUCGUUCGGCCAUUGAAUGGUUUUCUCGGCUUUUUCCAGAGGAAAUAACGACUAGAGACCCGUGUUUGAGUUUACAUCUUUUUGGUGUCGGAUCGGACCGCAAAGGGUUAAACGGGAAGCUGAAAUAUCGGAAUAAACUGAUGUUGCGUUCUUGUUUAAAUUCACUUUGAAUUCGUUUCAAUCAUCCUGCUAAUUUUUUUAAAAAAAUGUUUUUAUUAUUAUUAUUAUUAUUAUUAUUACACCUGUGGCCUCCACAGAGCUCUCAACAAUCCUGUCUCCACACACUGCCCCCUAGUGGAUAUAAAAUAAGUUUGUCCUAUGUUAUAUUUCUUGCAUCCACUGGGGGGCAGUGUGUUGCAGGAAGUGGGGCCAGGUUGAUAAUGGUUCCACAGUGUGGUGUGCCUGAUGUAGAGUUUAGAUGUGAUUCUGAGAGCUCUAAUGAAUUUAAUUGUGUGUUAUGCCGUGUAUCUUCCACUAGGGGGCAGAGUGUUUCAGGUAAAUGGUCACUGUACAGUUUAGACAUGAUUGAGAGCUCUAAUGAAGAUUUUAAUUGUGGGUCGUGCUGUGUAUCUUCCACUAGGGGGCAGAGUGAUUCAGGUAAAUGGUCACUACAGUUUAGACAUGAUUCUAAGAGCUCUAGUGAAGAUUAAUUGUGUGUUAUGCCAUGUAUCUUCCAGUAGGGGGCAGAGUGUUGCUGGUUAAUGGUCACUGUACAGUUUAGACAUGAUUGAGAGCUCUAAUGAAGAUUUUAAUUGUGUGUUAUGCCAUGUAUCUUCCAGUAGGGGGCAGAGUGUUUCAGUUAAAUGGUCACUGUACAGUUUAGACAUGAUUGAGAGCUCUAAUGAAGAUUUUAAUUGUCUGUUAUGCAGUGUAUCUUCCAUUAGGGGGCAGAGUGUUUUGGGUUAAUAGUCAUUGUAGAGUGUUUACAUCAUUCUGAGAGCUCUAAUGAAUUUAAUUGUGUGUUAUGCCAUGGGUCUUCCACUAGGGGUCAGAGUGUUAAUGGUCAAUGUUCAGUUUAGACAUGAUUCUGAGAGCUCUAUUCAGACCACACGGUUUUAUUUAUAUAUAUAUUUUUAAAUAAAGUCCCCAGGAUUUAUCAAGUUUCAAAACCUCAAUUUUAAUUAAUUUUUUUUUUUUCCCAAUCCAUCUCCUUGCUGAUCGACUGCGUUUCAUUUCAUCCUCAGUUGCUUCUGCUUGCCUGGAGACUCUUAAUCGCCCUGCACUGAACUCCCCAAAGCUGUUAAAAUCACACGGGCAGCCUUUCCAGCUAGCCCCGCCCACUCAGCACUCUACCCAAACAGAGAGAGGGGGCGGGGCUGGCAGAGCUGUCAUCGCAGGAUCUGAUUGGAAGGAGGGAAGGCUGUCUGGCAGUUAGGAUUAUCCAGACAAACUCAAAGCAGCUCAAAGGCGGGUAAAACCAGGUUUUAAAAAUGACCAGAACUCAAUAUUGGAGGAAAACAGAACCGUUCGGACUGACCGAAGCGAAACGGCAUUAAACCAGUGAGGAGAGGGAAGGAUGGAAAUGAAGAGAUUCAAAUGAUAUGCGAGUCUGCUCCAUAAAACUCGCUCAGCACUCGGACGAAACAUUGCCUUUUUAUAGAUAUAAAUAAGCUACUACUGUAUUUUUAAAAUACUCUGCUUUGAAACGGUCGUCUGUGUGUGUGUGUGUGUGUGUAUAUAUAAUAUGGUUUUGUAAGAAUUGCUCAGAAGAGCCAAUGUUUCAUUUACUUUCAAAAGGGAAAGUGUGUUUGAAAAAAAAAAAAAACGAAGGCUGGGGGUGUUUAUGGGGUGUGGAUGCCAUGGCAACCACACUCGCUUAUUUCUAUUGAAAUCUAUUUUUAUAUGCAAUCCUUAUGAAAAAGACCUGCUUUUUAUAUAUAUAUAUAUAUAUAUAUAUUGAAGAUCAUUGAGGGUAUAGUGAGCACACUGUGGUCCCAUUCUACCAGCCUCACCCCAUUGUAGCUGCCCUAUACUUGUGCUACCAUUGCCCCUCAGUGUAAUACAGAGCCAUUGCAGUGCCGCUGUCUGUCUGCCUGCCAUUGAAGAUCAUUGAGGGUAUAGUUAGCACACUGUGGUCCCAUUCUACCAGCCUCACCCCAUUGUAGCUGCCCUAUACUUGUGCUACCAUUGCCCCUCAGUGUAAUACAGAGCCAUUGCAGUGCCGCUGUCUGUCUGUCUGCCAUUGAAGAUCAUUGAGGGUAUAGUCAGCACACUGUGGUCCCAUUCUACCAGCCUCACCCCAUUGUAGCUGCCCUAUACUUGUGCUACCAUUGCCCCUCAGUGUAAUACAGAGCCAUUGCAGUGCCGCUGUCUGUCUGUCUGUCUGUCUGUCAGUUUUUCCUCCAGAUUAAAUAUUCUCUUUUUACAGUCCAUUGCUUUUUUUGUACAAUCAAACACAGACAAAACCAACUGAAUGCUAAACUGUUUGUAAUCAUUGCAUUUUUUUUAAUAAAAAUAUAUAAAUAUAA